GACGGAGCCGCCUACGGCGGGGGCUGCGCCGCCCCGUACCAGCAGGGGUACCAGCAGGCGGGCUACCCGAUGCAGCAGGGCUUCCAGGUUAUGCAGCCCAACAGCGGCUGCCAGAUGCCCAUGGUGCCGCAGCAGGGAGGCUUUCAGGCCCCGCAGAUGGGCGGCUACCAGCAGUACGGCGGCGUGCAGCAGCAGCCUAUGCAGCAGCCCAUGCAGCAGAGCAACGGCAUGCCGUGGGGGCUGGACGGCUUGGCGCGCGACCUGACCCAGGCCGCGACCACCGCGCUGGUGGUGCAGUCGGGCGUGCCGUCGUGCCCCGACUGCGUCUGCGCCCCCACGCUGAAUUGCCCGCCGCUGACCUGCUCCUGCCCCGUCGGCGAGGGCCAGGUCAGCCCGACCGCCGCGGAGGGGUACUCGGCGGCGGAGCUGGCGGUGGUCGCCAGCGUCUGCCUCCUCCUGGGAGCUGCUGCGGGCGCCGCGGGCGCCCUCGGGGCGGCGCGCCCCUGGGCGCGGCCGCCCGCCUGGAUGCCGGGCUCGUCGCCGGCGCCUGCGCCUCCGGCCCCGCCGGUGGCGGCGCCGGCUGUGGCGACGCCAGUGGCGGCGGCAGCGCCUGCGCUGGCCGCCCAACCGAUUGAGGACGUGCAGGCGCUGGCCGCGGCGCAGGCGAGGGCUUUCCGGAGCUUCUUCCUCACUCGGUACAACGUGGGUGGCGUCGCGGUAUAUCACGAGCGGCUGCUCCUGUACGCAACGGGCUACGUGCUGACACCGGACAUGGACGACUACGGUGAGAGCGUGGCGCCGGGCGCGGACAUUCUCAGCGUCCACCAGAUCGCCGGGCAAGGCGGACGGGUCGGCGGGAUCGCGGAGGCCCAGACCUACCGCUUCCGCCGGCUGCCGACCCAGGCGGAGCUGUGGGCGGCGCUGCGCCUCGGAGCCGCCGCAGGCUUCGGAGGGCUUCCAGCGUCCCCUUUCGGGCUCGACCUCUCGGCCGCCAACUGUGGGGGACAGCCUGCAGGGCCGAUGGAGGUCGCCGACCCGCACGGGGCCCUAGCCCCCGCGCCCCCGGCGGGCGGUGCUCUGGUCGGGGCCGUGGGCCCGCCGCCUGCUGCGCCCGCGGCGGCGCCCGGAGCGGCAGCCGCCCCGCCAGCGGCCGCUGUGGCCGCUGGCCCGGCCGUGCCGGGGGAAGCGGCAGCGGCGGCCCCUGGGCGGGCCCCGGCGGUGCCCGACACCGUCCCCGUCGCGCCGCUGCCGACCGGGGCCGCGGCGCCGGGCUGGGUCUGGGUGGCCGCGGAGGACGUCGACGGGCUCGUGGCGUUCGGUGAGGCCCUCGAGGUGGGCGUCGCCGGCGGCGUGAUUCUGGCCGGGCGAGUUGGCCGCUGGGGCCUCUUCACGCUCCCCACGGGCGGCGGUGCCUCCGGGGUGCUGCUGCAGGAGAAUGAGGUGGCCUACUUCAAGCGGGAGUACCGCGGCAACGACGCCCGGACGCUGGAGCUCCCAGCCGCCUCGGUUGCGGCGAGCGAGGCAGCCCGCGACUGGCGCGAGGUGGUGCAGCUGUGCCACAAGGAGGACAUCGCCAACUUCGCUGUACCUGGGCCGCGCACGGCUGCGUGGUGUGCCAGGUACCAGGUCAAGGAGGGCGGACCGUGUCUCCACUACGACAUGUGGAAAAGCCGCAGGAAGCUCACGUCCACGGACUACGGCGUGGACAUGCAUGAGACCCUCUCGCGCAUGGUAGAGGCCAUGGGAGCGUCGGACCACCUCGACGUCUUCAACCUGGCGAGCGCGGAGAUAUGCCACCGCAAGCUGCAGCUGAUCGAACACUACUGGGACGACAGGGGCGCCGAGCAGCAGCAGAACAACAGCAAGAUCCCCUUGGAGGAGAGCCAGGCCUUCAUGGGCGGGGCUCGGGCGCCCUCGAUGGCGCGCCCGGAGCUGCUCGAGACGGUCUCGAAAGAGCUGGAGCGCAUCUCUAGCAUCAAGAAGAACGCCAGGAAGCUCAGGGAGGAGCAGGCCGCCGCCGCCAAGGGGUUGGUGGACGGCGACGGACGCGUGCAGCGGUCGCUUCUGCCUUUGCCAGUCUCUGCCUGGUGCGGCGCCCCCGGCGGCCCCUCGCGGCCCCGCUCUGCGCGCCGCCGGCGCGGGCAUCGAGCGCAGCAGGGCGAGCUCCUCGCCGAGCUCGUGGUGGCGCUCAACCAGCUGGAUGCCGGCUCUGACCUCGCUCGCAGGCAGUGCGAGGGCGAGCCCAGCAGGAUGCAGCAGCUAUGCUUGGAGCGACUCGCCGAAAGCUGCGCGGCGAUGGGCGCUCCGCCGUCUGACUUGUCGAUCGAGGUGGCCCUCUGGGAGCUCCAGGUCGGCGCCGCCUACGGGGGCUGCGACCCCGUCACGGCGGCCCCCUUCGUGCACGACCUCGUCUCCUUGCCGGCUGUCGGUGGCGCCCCGGUGCCGCUGGACCAGCUGCUCGGGAAGGGCGGUCCAGAAAUCGCGCGGAGGUUUAUCUCUACCAAGGACUACCUCGCCUUCGCCCGCCGGAUGGGGGGGGCCAACAUGCUGGAUUCCAGGCUCGACGGCGACGACUUUGAAGAAGUCGGGCUUUUUACAGUUUGGAAGAAGGACGGUCGCCAACGCCUGGUGAUCGAUUGCAGGGGAUCGAACUUACAUUUUGCCGAGCUUAGCAAGACCGGCCUCGCCAGCGGGGCCAGCUUCAGUGCCAUUGAGCUGCAGGAGGGCGAGCAGUUGUGGACCGGAGGCGUGGACAUCGCCGACGCGUUCUACAACGUGGGCUUGCCGAGCGAUCUACGACGUUUCUUUGCUCUUCCUCGAUUGCGCGCAGGCGACCUUGGGCUCGAGAGCGUCGAGGGCCAGCGCGUCCUGAGCCGAGCCUGGGUCCGCCCGUGCUUGGCGGUGCUGCCGAUGGGCUGGUCGCACGCGCUCGACUUCUGCCAGAGGGUGCACCGGGCGAUAGUGCUGGGAAAGGGGGGCCCCCCUGGGACAGCUGAAAUCGCCGACGGGCGGCCGCCUGCGGAGGUGAGUGAGGGGGCUUUCGCGGCCUACGUGGACAAUUUCGUCGCCUACGGCACGGGGCCCGAGAGGCCUGCGGACAUGCUGGACGCGGCUCGGAAAGCCGCGGAGGGCGCGGGGCCCCCGGUGCACCCGACCGAGCCCCCCGCCACCGUCUCGGAGCAGUUGGGCUGGGUCUUCGACGGGGAGCGAGGGGCCUUGCGCCCCAAGAGCCGCCGUGUCUGGAGAUUGAGGCUGGGGCUUCUGGAACUCUUGAAGAAGGGGUACGCCACGGGCCGCCAAGUCGGGAAAGUCGCUGGACACUAUGCCUUCAUCGUCCUCGCUCAGAGGCUUAUGCUUUCAGUCUUCAACGCUGUCUACAGCUUCUCCCGGAAGUAUUUCUCGCGA